AUGGCGUAUGCCGUGAACACUGCGUCUGUCCCAGACCUUGUAUCACCUCUCUUCAUCCGUGAGGCCGAUCUGAAUCGUGGAAGCAGAGUUUUCCUGAAGCUCGACAAUCUGCAACCCGCGGGAUCCUUCAAAUCUCGAGGUAUUGGAAACUACAUCCCCUGUCGAGCUAUUGUGCGUCGUAGGUCUUCCAGCAAGAGUCACUUCUAUUUAGCAUCGGGGGGCAAUGCAGGCAUUGCCUGCGUCGACAAUGCCAAGGGCGCGGACUCGUUGAACCAGACCCUGCAUGCCGGGCAGCUCGUGACGUUGACGUGCGCAUGA